GGCAAACGGGCGAACUACGUCCCGUUUUAUAGUAUAAGAAGAAAGAAGAUAUGCGUGCGGCUCUGUAAUUGUCCAUUUAUUCUUAUCGUUUUUCCAUUUUUCACAGUGCACCGAAUAGAAGAUUAAUUCAAGCGGUAGGUACACGGACGCAGUAUCCAUGAUGAGGGCGUGUCAGUUGUUCAAAACGCUUCAUAUCAAGCCAACGCUCGUGACCGGUUUAGAACACAGCGGUGGUUGUGCGACUUUGAGACUGCCCUCGAUUUCGAUCAGAAGAUCUAUGGCUUCCAAGUGUGAUGUUGGUGUCCGCAAGGAAUCCGACACUUUUGGUGAAUUGGAUGUGCCGAGCGAUCGUUACUAUGGUGCUCAAACAGUCAGGUCGACAAUGAACUUUCGUAUUGGAGGCGAAAAAGAACAGAUGCCGUAUCCAGUAAUUGUAGCAAUGGGUAUACUGAAAAAAGCAGCAGCUGAAGUAAAUAAAGAAUUUGGCUUAGAUGCUAAAAUUGCUGACGCAAUAAGCAAAGCAGCAGAUGAAGUAAUCAGUGGAAAACUUUAUAAUGAAGGACAUUUUCCUUUGGUAAUAUGGCAAACUGGAUCUGGUACACAAUCAAAUAUGAACACAAAUGAAGUGAUUAGUAAUAGAGCUAUUGAAAUUCUGGGCGGAGAGUUAGGAUCAAAAAUUCCAGUUCAUCCUAAUGACCAUGUAAAUAAAAGUCAGAGUUCCAAUGACACUUUCCCAACAGCUAUGCAUAUUGCAGUUGCAAUGGAAUUGAACAACUUAUUGUUGCCAUCAUUGAAACAUCUACAUAAGGAAUUAGAUAAAAAAGCAAAAGAAUUCUCUGGUAUAAUAAAAAUUGGUAGAACACACACCCAAGAUGCCACACCGCUAACUUUAGAACAAGAAUUCAGUGGUUAUGUCAGACAACUACAUAAUGGUAUCAAAAGAGUAGAAAAUACCUUACCUCAUCUGUAUGAACUGGGGUUGGGUGGUACUGCUGUUGGAACAGGCUUGAAUACUAGAAUUGGUUUUGCUGAAAAAUGUGCUGAGAAGAUUAGUCAGUUAACCAAUUUGCCAUUCAAGAAAUCUCCAAAUUUCUUUGAAUCAUUGGCUGCUCAUGAUGCCAUGGUAGAAGUAUCAGGAGCACUAAAUGUACUCUCAUGUAGUUUAAUGAAGAUUGCAAAUGAUAUCAGGUUCCUUGCAUCUGGACCUAGAAGUGGCUUAGGCGAACUUUCACUACCAGAAAAUGAACCUGGGAGCAGUAUUAUGCCUGGAAAAGUAAAUCCUACCCAAUGUGAGGCAAUGACAAUGGUGUGUGCUCAAGUGAUGGGUAACCAUGUAGCGGUAACGGUUGGUGGCAGUAAUGGUCAUUUUGAGUUGAAUGUUUUCAAACCAAUGAUUGUGUCCAAUGUGCUAAGAUCUACAAGGCUUUUGGCAGAUAGCUGUAUGUCAUUUACAGAUAAUUGUGUUGUUGGAAUUGAAGCUAAUAAGGAGAGAAUUUCUCAUCUUUUACAAAAUUCUCUUAUGUUAGUUACUGCCUUGAAUCCACAUAUUGGAUACGAUAAAGCUGCUAAAAUCGCAAAAACUGCACAUAAAAAUGGAUCUACGCUGAAAGAAACAGCGUUACAACUUGGAUACUUAACUGAAGAAGAAUUUGAUAAAUGGGUCAGACCAGAAGAUAUGUUGGGACCCAAAUAAUUGAUUUAAUUCAGCAUAGGUGUUAAAUGGCAUAUGUUUUUCUGUUAAUAAUUUUUAAGAUGUUCUACGUUGAUUUGAAAAAAUAAAAAUAAAUUGAAAUCAAUAUUUUUUAGUAUUAA